AUGUUCUACGUGAUGGCUAAGGUCCACUGGGACUAUAAAAGUUUACAGCGUGUAGUUUGGAAUUACUCGGAAAAAGGGCAUGGCAAAGGAGCUCCUGAUAGUAUGGGAGGAGUAUUAAAAAUAGCAGCUGAUCGGAUUGUUGCUGAAGGGAAUGAUUUUCCAAAUAUUGAUCUCCUUAUUAGUCACCUUCAAAUUCAAAUAUCCGGGGGUAUGAUAAUGGAAGUUCACGAAUCUGGCAUUUUGAGACGGAACUAU